AAUUUAACCGGGCGGGGUGGGAAAGAGUGGGCUGCUGAAGCGACGGCAUGAAGGAGACCUUCUGAGGGGGCUUAUUCUGAAGAGGAGGAGGCAGCUGAGGGCACCCCGGGCUCAGGAUGCCUCGGCUGGGCAGCCGCCGACAGAGGCACCGCUGAGGGAAGGAGGAAGAGCCCGAAGAAGGAGACGUACCUGGCGGCGGCGACGACGACGACUCCUUUUCCUCCCCUCUUUUCACCUCCUUCUUCCUCCCACCGCUUCAGUCUUCACCUGUCACCGUCUCUUGAGGGAGGAGGGGAGGAAAAAAUUGAAAUAAUCAUAUAAAAAUCCCCCCCUCCCAAAAAAAAGAGAGGACAGCUUCACUUUCUCUUCACCCACCUAACUUGGGGGAUAUGCAAGGUGGUUUUCUUUCAAAGUUAUUUUCCCUCCCCCCCAGACACUUUUGGUAUAUUUGAGGAGAAAGUCCUUUCUCCCCCCCCUCCCCCCACCCCAACUCUCCUGUAUCAGAAGAAAACGGUGGAGGGGGGAAAAAACCCUCAUUCUUGCCUGAAAGAAAAGGGAGGAAAAAAAGCGCUUUUUCUGUUGCUACUUCCCAAUCCACAGACACUUCUUAAUUAUAUAUUUAUUUUCUUGAAGAAUUCUCCCCCCCCCUCCUGUCUCUACUCCAGCCAAUCUUCCCUUCCAGUGUCUGAAGAAGAAAUCGCAGAGGAUUCCUAUUUCUGCCCUGAAAGAGAAGAAGAGAAAAAGUUGCUACUUGCUUCAAAGAGGAAAAAGAAAAAUCCACCCUCUCUACAAAUAAUUCCUGGCACAGAAGAUUGACCUGAGGAACUAAUCUUUGAUUCUGGACAAGGGAGGUGUUAGUUUUUCCUCCCUCAGCACCAGCCCUCCAAGGACGCAUUUGUUGUUAUAUUAUUUUCCUCUCUCUAUUUCUCCCUCUCUAGUGUCUGAAAAAGGGAAGGAAAAAGAAACUUUUUUUCAUUUGAUACUUCGCUCUUUUUUAAAAAAAACAAACACCAACCACACAGAGAUAACCACUAUCUGCGAAUAUUCCUGGCACGAAAGAUUGACCUGAGGAAUUAAUUUUGGGUUUUGGAAGUUGUGGUUUUUUUUGGGUGGGGGAGGAAACAAGGCGUUUAUCCACCCUUCUGUAUCCAUCAGCAGCAAAAGCCCCUCCAGUGGACUGAAGACAAGAGGGAAGUUUUUAUUUUGAGGGAUAAUUUGGAAGAAGGAGGGUUUUUCCCCCUGCUUUUACCCAUCCUAACAGGGCCUUCUUUAAGUGGGUCCUGUUUGGAGACAUCUCCCCACCCCUGUCCCAACUACAGUGCUUGGAACAGGAGUUUUUUAUGUGGAGAGGAGUUUUUUAUGUGGAGGUCUUGAAGUUAAGCUCUUCAGUUUCUUAAAAGUGUAUGUGCGCCCUUGUCCUCUUUCAUUUUAAGAGAGAAGAUCACCUCCGUUCUGGAAGAAGUUAUUAUUUUUCCACCUUUAACCACCACCCGCUUCUUACAAAAACCAACUCAAGAUCCAUCAAGAGGAAACCCAGCACACACCUCUGGAUUUCACUCCACCUCAGGGUUUGAGGAUUUUAAGGGAGAAUCCUUGAAGCUUUUGAGGAAACUUGGAAGACUCCCAUAUCUCACUUUAAAGGAACUCCUUUUUCUCUUUACCUCCCUCUUUUUCCAUAGGAAGAAGUAAAAAUUGUAUUUGGGAAAGGAGAGAUUGACCAGUCAGGGAUACUUUUUUGGGGAAACAAGCCCCCUUCUGGAGAUCAGAAAGUCCUCCCCCCCUUUCUCUCAAUGGCUCAACAUUUUUAAUUUUAUUUCUGGGAAGAGAAGGAAAAAACCCAACCUUUUGCAUCUCUCUCUUCGUCCAAGACUUUGAGCAGAAAAGAGUGUGCCCCCCCUCCAUUCUUACAUUUUGGGACCAUUUCUAGUCCUGUUAUAAAUCUGAAAUCCGGCGUGACGGGAAGAAAACGAGAAAAAAAUAACCCCAAAAAGAGAUUCCUGGAUUAUUUCCCACCCACCUUCCAAUCGCUGGGAUUAUUUGUGUGCGUCUUCUUCGUCCCCUCUUUGGCUGGUUGAAGAUCGUAAAUCUUUCUAAUUUUUGCAGCCCCCUUUGGAUUAAGUACCCCAAUCUCCUCCCGCCCCUCUUCCUCCUCCCCCAAGGAUUCAUCUGUACACCCUUUUGGCUGUGAAAUUGAUCUCUCUCCCGAAGGAAGAUUUCUCUCUCUCCCCCCUUUCACGCUCUCUUUUUCAAGCCCUCUCCUUCCUUCCUUCCUUUCAACCUCGCCGGGUUAUUUAUUCCUUCGCCUUAUUUGUGCGCUGUGCAUCCCCCCCCUUUAAUACCUCCUCUCCCCCCCCCUGCAGUGUGUGUGUGCUUUUUUUAAAAAAAAGAAGGGAAAAGGCCUCCCCCCUUCUAGGUUGUGUGUGUGUGUGUGUGUGUCGCUCUCUCUCUCUUCCUCCCUCCCUCCCCUCCCGGUCUGUGUGCUGUGUGUGUCUCUCUCUGUCUGUCUCUUUUCUUUCUUGUCGGAGGCUGUGGAAUAAUGGCGUAUGGGUUGUGGCUGUGAGGAUGAGUUCCUGCUUCGUGCCGAACGGGGCCAGCUUGGAGGAUUGCCAUUCCAACCUAUUCUGCCUGGCCGAUUUAACGGGGAUUAAAUGGAAGCGAUACGUAUGGCAGGGUCCAACAUCUGCCCCAAUUCUCUUCCCGGUGACGGAAGAAGACCCCAUUCUAAGCAGCUACAGUCGCUGCCUGAAGGCCGACGUCUUGAGUGUGUGGCGACGAGACCAGAGGCCUGGACGCAGAGAACUGUGGAUAUUCUGGUGGGGUGAUGACCUCAACUUUGCUGAUCUAAUUCAUCACGACCUGUCAGAUGAGGAAGAUGGGGUAUGGGACAAUGGCCUUUCCUACGAAUGUCGUACUCUGCUUUUCAAAGCAAUUCACAACCUGGUGGAAAGGUGUCUAAUGAACCGGAACUUUGUGCGCAUUGGGAAAUGGUUUGUGAAGCCUUAUGAGAAAGAUGAAAAACCCAUAAAUAAAAGUGAGCACCUGUCCUGCUCCUUCACCUUCUUCUUACACGGGGACAGCAAUGUUUGUACCAGCGUGGAAAUCAACCAGCACCAACCUGUUUACUUUGUUAGCGAAGAACAUCUCACCCUGGCUCAGCAGUCUAACAACCCUUUUCAAGUUAUCCUAAGCCCAUUUGGAUUAAAUGGAACACUCACGGGACAGUCGUUCAAGUUGUCCGAUUCGGCUACCAAAAAACUGAUUGGCGAAUGGAAGCAGUUCUAUCCUAUCACGUCCAGCCUGAAGGAGGGAUUGGAGGAAAAACAAGAAGAGAUGGAUUGGGAGGACGACUCUCUAGCUGCUGUGGAAGUCCUUGUUGCUGGCGUGCGAAUGGUCUAUCCAGCAUGCUUUGUUCUAGUUCCUCAGACCGACAUUCCUGCUCCUAGCGCCGCUGGGUCAAGUAACUGCUUGGGUGUUCAUCAAGUGCCUGCUUCCACCAGAGACCCAGCUAUGUCCUCAGUUACUCUGACACCACCCACAUCCCCAGAAGAAGUUCAAACAGUUGAUGCUCGUUCAGCCCAAAAAUGGGUGAAGCUCUCUUCUGUUUCGGAUGUAUUCAGCUCUGACAGCACGAGUCACCAUGGGGGCAGAAUCCCUCGGAAGCUGGCCAAUCAAGUGGUGGACAGAGUCUGGCAAGAAUGCAAUCUGAACAGAGCGCUGACCAAGAGGAAGUAUUCUGCUACGUCAAAUGGCUUAUGUGAAGAGGAGACGGCUGACAAAAUAGCAUUUUGGGACUUUGUUGAAGCCACCCAGAGGACAAAUUGUAUUUGCUCAAGGCACAAAAAUAUCAAACCCAGACUUGCGAUUCAGCAGGGGCCAGCAGCUCCUGUGGGCCAGCAACAGCAAGCCGCUCCAAAGCACAAGGCGAACGAGAAGCAGGAGAAAGGAGAUAAGCCCCAGAAGCGUCCUCUGACUCCGUUUCACCACCGCGUGUCGAUUAGCGACGAUGUGGCCAUGGAGGCGGAUUCAGCCAGCCAGAGGCUUGUCAUCGCCACAUCAGACAGCCAAGUGAGGUUUUCAAAUCUCAGAACUAACGAUGUAGCAAAGACUCCUCAGAUGCACGGCGCAGAAAUGGCGAAUUCUCCCCAGCCGCCCCCCCUCAGCCCUCACCCGUGCGAUGUUGCGGACGAGGGCGCCACCAAAACCCCUUCUACUCCCCACGGCCAGCAUUUCUAUCAAAUGCCAACUCCGGAUCCUUUAGUUUCUUCAAAAGCAAUGGAAGACAGGACAGAAGGCUUGUCCCAGACUUUCCCAGCUCCGUUCCCGGAAGUUAUAGAGCCCACGAUGUACGUUGGUACGGCAGUGAAUUUGGAGGAAGACGACGCAGGCUCCAGGUGGAAGUAUUACAAGAUUCCAAAGAAAAAGGACGUGGAUUUCUUGCCACCGCAACUUCCGAGCGAAAAGUUUCGGGACGACCCUGCGGGAUCUGCAGGGCCAGACAACGUACCGUCAGCUACAGAAUUAAUGGUGCAGUGCAGGAAACCUCUAAAGGUCUCCGAUGAAUUGGUGCAGCAGUAUCAGAGCAAGAAUCAGUAUCUAGCGGCGAUGGAAGCUGACCAGGAGCCGGAAAUGGACCCCUAUGCAUUCGUUGAUGGUGACGAAGAAUUCCCCUUUCCCGAUAAAAAGGACAGGCAGAACAGUGAACGAGAAGUCGGGAAAAAACACAAGACUGAAGAAGGGGCGCCCAAUGUUGGAGAGGAUGCAAUGUCGCUUUUUAGCCCUUCUGUCAAACAAGCACUAGAUGCCCAGCGUGUUCCCCCUCACAAUCGCACGGCAUCAACUAGUUUGUUUCAUGAGAAUGACCUGGUUGUCUCCUACACUGACCUCGACAAUCUCUUCAACUCCGAUGAAGAUGAGCUAACACCUGGGUCUAGAAGAAUGCUGAAUGGAUCUGAUGACAAAUCCAACUGCAAAGAGUCAAAAGCAGGAAACUUGGACCCAUUGUCAUGCAUAAGUACGGCAGAUCUUCAUAAAAUGUAUCCCACACCACCAUCCUUGGAGCAACACAUUAUGGGGUUUUCUCCCAUGAAUAUGAACAAUAAGGAAUAUGGCAGCAUGGACACCACGCCUGGAGGAACUGUCCUUGAAGGAAAUGGCGCUACUGCUGGCGUUCAGUUCAGAAUUGAGGUUGACGAGGGAUUCUGUAGUCCAAAGCCCUCGGAAAUAAAGGAUUACUCAUACGUUUAUAAGCCCGAGAACAGCCAAGCUUUUGUGGGGUGCUCCAUGUUUGCUCCGUUGAAGACUCUCCCGAGCCAGUGUGUCCCGGCCAUCAAACUGCCAGAGGAAUGUGUUUACCGUCAGAGUUGGACAGUUGGCAAGUUGGAGCUGCUUCCUCCAGGACCCGCAAUGCCGUUCAUCAAAGAGGGCGAUGGGAGCACGAUGGAUCAGGAGUACGGCCCUGCCUACACUCCGCAAACACAUACUCCCUUUGGAAUGCCCCCCAGCAGCGCCCCACCCAGCAACGGUGGGGCCGGCAUCCUCCCUUCGCCUUCCACCCCGCGUUUCCCAACUCCUCGGACGCCACGGACGCCUCGGACUCCCCGCGGGGCCGGGGGGCCGGCCAGCGCUCAAGGUUCAGUCAAGUACGAGAAUUCGGACUUAUAUUCACCAGCUUCGACGCCGUCGACGUGCCGACCGCUGAACUCCGUUGAGCCUGCCACCGUUCCCUCGAUCCCGGAAGCCCACAGCCUUUACGUCAACCUCAUCCUCUCUGAAUCUGUGAUGAAUCUCUUCAAAGACUGUAACUUUGACAGCUGUUGCAUUUGCGUCUGCAACAUGAACAUCAAAGGUGCUGAUGUUGGAGUUUACAUUCCGGAUCCGACGCAGGAGGCCCAGUACCGGUGCACCUGCGGCUUCAGCGCGGUUAUGAACAGGAAGUUUGGCAACAGCUCCGGAUUGUUCCUCGAGGACGAGUUGGACAUCCUGGGACGCAACUCGGAAUGCGGCAAAGAGGCGGAGAAACGCUUCGAGGCCCUGCGCGCCGCUUCCGUGGACCACAGCGGGGGGCCGAAGGAGGCUGACCGGCUACCUGACGAGCUGAUACUCCUGCUGCAAGACCAGUGCACCAACUUGUUUUCACCGUUUGGAGCGGCGGAUCAGGACCCCUUGCCGAAAGCCGGCGCCGUCGGCAACCUGGUACGGGCUGAGGAAAGGGACUGUUGCAAUGACUGUUACCUCGCCUUGGAGCACGGGCGGCAGUUUAUGGACAACAUGUCAGGAGGGAAAGUCGACGAAGCACUUGUGAAAAGUACUUGCUUGCAUCACUGGUCGAAACGAAACGUUGUAGACGUGAGCAUGCAGUGUUCUCAGGACAUCUUUCGCAUGCUGCUCUCACUCCAGCCGGUCCUUCAGGAUGCAAUUCAGAAAAAACGAACCGUUCGCUCUUGGGGGGUGCAGGGUCCUCUCACGUGGCAGCAGUUCCACAAAAUGGCUGGCCGAGGCUCUUAUGGAACUGACGAAUCUCCAGAACCACUGCCCAUUCCGACUUUUUUGUUGGGAUACGAUUACGACUUCCUGGUGCUGUCCCCUUUUGCCUUACCGUACUGGGAGAGACUGAUGUUGGAGCCUUACGGAUCACAGAGAGACAUCGCUUACGUGGUGGUGUGUCCAGAGAACGAAGCUCUGCUGAAAGGAGCAAAGACCUUUUUUCGGGACCUGACGGCAAUAUAUGAGUCCUGCAGGCUUGGCCAGCAUCGACCCAUCUGUAAGCUUCUGCCCGAUGGGAUCAUGAGGGUUGGAUCCGCUGCUUCAAACAAACUUUCUGAGAAGACGGUGGCCGAGUGGUUCUCUCAGGCAGCUCAUGCCAACAACGAAUCGUUUUCUAGACUCAAGCUGUACGCUCAAGUCUGCAGAUAUGAUUUGGGUCCUUAUCUUGCUACUCAGCCACUGGACAAUUCCUUGCUCUCUCAGUCCAGCCUCGUUCCUCCCACAAGCCAUCCUGCAUCCACCCAGCCUCAGGUCACGGGCAACUCCACUCCAUCGUCCACCCCUUCGUCCACCGCCAGCAACACCGUCACGAUGAACUCGAGCAGCGCCAUCACGUCCGCGGCGACCACUGCCAACUCCACCCUGACCACCACCUCCGCCUCCUCUUCCAGCGUGGGCAGCGGGAUGUCGGCGAACAAACCUUCUUCGUUUCCACCCUUUGGUAGCAUCAACAACACUACUGCUUCCUCCCUCUCAACGCCGUCUGCGACAGUCCCAAAUGGGCAGCCAGGGACGCAGCAGCAACCGCAAGCAGCCGGGCUACCUGGGGAAGCCACGUCUCUCCCUUCACAGCCACAUCCGGAGGUUUCAGAGAGCACGAUGGACCGCGACAAAGUGGGGAUCCCCACUGAUGGAGAUUCUCACGCCGUCACCUACCCGCCCGCCAUCGUCGUCUACAUCAUCGACCCUUUCACAUACGAGAAGAAAGAAGAGAGCAGCUCCUCCAACGUGUGGACGCUUGGCCUGCUCCGCUGCUUUCUGGAAAUGAUCCAAAGCCUCCCUCCUAACAUCAGAAACAUCGUUUCUGUUCAGCUCGUCCCUUGUCAAUACCUGUUACAACCCGUCAAGAAUGAAGACAGGCAGAUCUACACCCAGCAUCUAAAAUCUCUGGCGUUCUCAGCCUUUACGCAGUGCCGAAGGCCGCUCCCGACAUCGACCAACGUGAAAACAUUAACCGGCUUUGGCCCGGGCUUAGCAAUGGAAAUGGCACUCAGAAGCCCCGAGAGACCGGAGUGUAUCAAGCUGUAUGCUCCUCCGUUCAUAUUGGCUCCAGUCAAAGAUAAACAGACAGAGCUGGGAGAAACAUUUGGGGAGGCCGGACAGAAAUACAACGUGCUUUUUGUGGGUUACUGUCUGUCUCAUGAUCAACGGUGGCUUCUUGCAUCAUGCACAGAUCUGUAUGGAGAACUAUUGGAAACGUGCAUCAUUAACAUUGAUGUACCAAACAGGGCUCGUAGGAAAAAGGGUUCCGCACGCAGACUGGGUCUCCAGAAACUCUGGGAGUGGUGCCUGGGCCUUGUGCAGAUGAGUUCGUUGCCAUGGAGAGUUGUAAUAGGACGUCUUGGAAGAAUAGGCCACGGGGAACUGAAAGAUUGGAGCUGUUUGCUGAGUCGCCGAAAUCUGCAGUCCCUCAGUAAGAGGCUGAAAGACAUGUGCAGAAUGUGUGGCAUUUCUGCUGCCGAUUCUCCCAGCAUCCUCAGCGCUUGCCUCGUGGCCAUGGAACCCCAGGGAUCCUUUGUCAUCAUGCCAGAUUCUGUAUCCACUGGCUCAGUGUUUGGGCGCAGCACCACUCUAAAUACACAGACGUCGCAGCUGAACACUCCGCAGGAUACGUCAUGCACUCACAUCCUCGUGUUUCCCACAUCUGCAUCUGUGCAAGUAGCGUCGUCGACCUACACCACUGAAACUGGUUUGGAACUGGCCUUCAAUACGAACAACGAUGGAGCAGAUGGAAUGGGGAUCUUUGAUUUGUUAGAUACUGGGGAUGACCUCGAUCCUGACAUUAUAAACAUCCUUCCUGCGUCCCCAACGGGAUCCCCUGUGCAUUCACCAAACUCCCACUUCACCCACGGAGGUGAUAUGGGCAAGGGUCAAGGUACCGAUCGAUUGCUCUCGACGGAGUCUCACGACGAAGUCACUAACAUCUUGCAGCAGCCACUGGCCCUUGGUUACUUCGUCUCAACUGCCAAAGCCGGCCCCUUGCCUGACUGGUUUUGGUCGGCGUGUCCUCAAGCACAAAACCAGUGUCCCCUGUUUCUUAAGGCUUCUUUGCACCUCCAUGUGCCUUCAGUGCAAUCAGACGAGCUACUUCACAGUAAACACUCCCACCCUCUUGACUCGAAUCAAACUUCCGAUGUCCUCAGGUUUGUGUUGGAACAGUACAACGCACUCUCCUGGCUAACCUGUGAUCCCGCGACUCAGGACCGGCGGUCGUGUCUCCCAGUUCACUUCGUGGUGCUGAAUCAGUUGUAUAACUUUAUCAUGAAUAUGCUGUGAUCUUUAUCUGAACCGAACAACAAGAAGAAAAACUCGACAGCAGCAGCAGCGACAAAAGGGAAAGGAAGAUUUCACUGCAGGACUAAGUUAAUUCUUCUCUGUACAAGUCAUUUUGUGAUGGGGUGGGGUCUGGAUCAUUUCCAACAAAAAAUUGGUUUUGACUUUUGCGGGGUGAUGGGGUGGGGGCGUUUAACCCUGCCGGGGGGUCCGCUCUCCCCUUUGCCUCCCCUUUUCGUUGUUGUUGCAUUGCCUAUACCAGACUGAUGAAGGUGGUAAAUUGGUCAGUCAAAAUGUAUUAUAAGGCAUCUUCUUAGUAGCAAAGUAACCAUUCUCUCUCCUCUCCCCAUGCCCUGCCCACAGUAUUUGUGAAGAGUAUAUGAGCCAUAGGCCCCAGCCAUGUUUAAUGAAUAUUUUAAAAGAAAAGAACAUGGAGACAACAAGAAGACAAAUGAGGGAGGAAAAACAGAAUUUGUCGAACGCUUUCGGAACACUGCAAUGUUCUUGUAUUGGAUUAUAGUACCUAGUAUUCAAAAAAAAAAAUAUGCCUGCAUCUCUUAUUUAUUGUAAGUUUUUAAAUGUAUAAAUUGUCUUAUAUUUCUUAACCUCUUUUAUAAAAAAAAAUUUCCUAGAAGGUUUAUACUGCCUUCUUGCUUUAAAGCAAUUGGUCUAAAAAUAUAUAUGUAAUCGUCUUAAUUGAAAGUUGCGGUAGGUUGCUUUUAGAGUAUUAUUUUUUUGUAAGGGGUGGAGUUGGGGGUGGGUGGGAAUGGUAAAAAUUUGUAUUUGGUCUUGAUGUACAGUUUAAUGGGGGAAUAUAGGAGGGAGGGAUAUUAAUGUCCAUGCCAUUGUGUGUGGGAGAUUUACAGCUAAGCUGUAGUUGCAGAUUAUACGUGUACAGUAACGAAGUUCACUGUGUUUAUAUAAAAUUGAAGAAGAAAAAAAAGGUACCGGGUCUUACAGCAAUUUUAUAUCACACCUUUGCAGAGUUAACAUAAUGGCAAUAUAUUAAAAAAAAGUGAUAUUGUUAGGUGGUUUAACUUGUAGUGACAAUUUUAAAAAGAAUAAUAAUAAUUAAUAAUGUUUUAAUUUUAAUUUUUUUUUAUUUUUUUUGUAUUUUCGUUGAGGGCCGAGACUAGUUUCUUCAGGCCCUUUCCUGUUUUUCAAGGGAGGAGGAUGUGAUUACCGCAAGGCCCGCUGCUCCUCCACGUGUGCGUUUUAACCAAGAGAGAAUCUGUGUCACCCGAUGAAAUCGCGACACUUUUUAAAAAAACAACAAACACCUUUCCCGUCAAUAAAUGUGUCACUUUCAUCUCCCAAGUAUUUUUGUGUUCAUCACUAAGACCAAAUGGAAUUUCUCAGUGCGUGAAUUACAAAUUUUAUGGUGAAAUGGCACCUACUGCUACGCUAAAUGCCUCCCUUUGAGGCAGAAACUUUAGCCCAGCUCUAGACGUUUUGCAACGACAGAUGCAAGGAAAACCUGGUUGAUUUUGACUUCGAAAGAUUGGUGUGCAUAUUAAUUGAAAUACGGUUUAAAUAGAUUCUUGGCGAACUCGGGGGUUCAGAUCCGAUUCUCCUAAUGAGAGAACAAUAUUCUUUCUUUUGCUUCUUCACCUUCCCCAAGCCUCCUAUUUCAACCUCUCCUCAGUUUGGCGCUUUGUGAUGGAAGUUCUAGACUCACCUGUACAUAAACCUUCCUUCUCUUAAAUAAACAUCUAGCUUCCAGAAUAGUAAAACACCAAGGGGAGCAAAUGUGAAAAAUGAGCCUCUUCUUUUAACAAGCCCUGCUCUUCCUGUCCCUCAUUCUCACUUUCAUGUCUAUUCUGAGAUGCUUCCUUGCUUGUUCCUGUCAGUAAUCACAGAAGAAGUGACAGGUGCCCACAUAGAAAAGUUACUCCUGCUGCCAUAAGCUUGUUGCAGGUAACCUGGCUGAGCGUAGCCUUUUAAGGUUUGUUGAGCAUGAAUGAGACUCUCCCAGCCUUGUUGAGGAAGCAUUGUGAAUCACGCAGGUCACAAACGCAGGCAAAAUUGCUCACAACCUCCUUUGUAUUUCUCUGGGGCCCUUGUGCAAGUCAUAGUUAAUAAAUGGAGGUUGUAUAGCAGCAGCGUUUGCUCGGAUUUGUAUCCCAAUUGUUGAUGAAUCUCCAUAGCAAUACCCAGUUUGUUUCUCUACCAAGUCUCAAAACCUGCAAGUAAUCACAAGGCCUGAAUUUCAGCCUCUUUUCUGAAAUCGUGUGAAGUACAGAGGAUUUCACCGUGAAGGGAUUACUUUUUUUGCCUGUGAACAAGUGUAACUCUGAAUUGUUCGUUGGGGUGCCCAGGUGAUGCAGCUAUAAACAUACUACUGAUGCAUUCUCUUGGUGUGCAACAAAGGUACAUUCUGCCAAGAUUUCCCGUUGCUUCAAAAUUGCACCUGGCCAUUCAGAAACAGCAUAUUUUGAUAUUGUUACAAGAUGGGAGUUAUUCGCAUUUGGAUGGGCUAAGAAUGCGAAACCAUGCCAAAAGUGCAGCUGUAAUCCUGUCUUUUUUUCCUCCUUAUUUUUUAACUUGAGCUGAGGCUUUCUAGUUGGUACGUGCUCCCUAAAUCUGGAAUUUGUGUUGUAGUUUUCCCAAUAAGCACAAUGUAGCGAAAUACAAUUCUAAAGUAUCCUGGGUUGCUUUUUACAUUUCUGCUGUUUAUUGCACUGCACUCCCCAUGGGUGUGUCCUGUUGUGAUGGCCCCCCUCAUUGGGGAUUCACAUAUCUGUUACUGGUGGAUGCUUUUCAGAGGCUUUUGUUUUCCCUUCCUAAACGGUUGAGCUAGGAUUAUUUCCCAAACUUAAAUAUAGGGUACGAUCCAGCCAAAGUUAAGGACUUUCAAGUCCCAUGGGAUUUCAGCGGGGGAGUACAGCAAAUGCUUAAUUUUUUCUGUUGUAAUCCGUGGGAUUUGAGAACACUUCACUUUGGCUAGAUGGUAACCCUUGAAACAUUGUGCAUCCUAUUAUGACCCAACUAUUUGCACAUCCCCUAUCGGUUCAGUGAGUCUUGGGUAGAUCCUAUUGGGAUCUGUGCACAACACAGUCUUGUGCAGAAACAUGCCUAAAGAAAUAACGUAAAAUCCAGGAUGAUCUUGUGUGUUACCGGCUAGGCAGAAGAGUUCAUGCUAAGUCCCUUUCCAUAUGAUUGGGUUGCCCAGUCAUCCCACCACGUGGCUUUUUAAAUGAUCAUUGGUAACGAUGGGAAUACUGGCACUGGGAGUAAGGUGCUGUUACCCCAUGGCCACGAGGACCUCUGAAAUGUAUAGGAGUUAAUGCUGGCUGUUGACAGGCUGGCCUGGACUCAAGGAGAUAGCAGAGGAAAGGAAAUAAGCUUUGGAAAUAGCUUAUUGUGAGGAAAUGCCCAACGUGUUCUCGGUUUAAAACAGCAAAAGGUGGGGGGGGGGGAAUCACAGCAUCAUCUUGUGCCUAUAAAAGGGUUAUUUACCUGAUCCACAGUGGUCUCUAGUAUUCAUAACAAACAGCUGUUUCCUAAAGCCAAUUGAAAACCCUUUCUUGCUUUUACCUCCUUGGUGCUUUUAAUUUUUCUCUUUCUCUCCCAUCUGGGCUCAAAUUGUGUGGGAAUCCAUGCGUGAAAACUCUGACAUUGAAAGUGCCUGUGUUUCUCUGUUACAGCCUCACCACCGGUUCGCACUUGCAAAACGCUUAACAGCAGAGUGCCAAAUCAUAUUCCCUAGCUUGGAAGAAGCUGUUCAGAGUAGGAUGUCAUAGGUAUUCCCCUCCCCCCUCCAUCCCCCAAUUUGAGAUUUGCGGACACCUUUACACAGUGAAGAAAGCCUUGUAGGCGCCGUUGACUACUGGGUGAAUUUUUGGUGCCGAUUUAACAGUGGCGUGGAAGCGGUUGCCUGCUUCACAGCAACAAUCAGAAAGUGAUAAGCAUUUCCAGAGCUUUCUAACCAGGGUGAGGCGUAACCUGUUAAAAUCACUUCUCUCCACAGUUUGCAGCAUUGGACACACAUCCUAAAGUUACGUUUCUUGCACAUCCGUCAGCGUGGCACAAUUAACUAAAGUAUUACUUUAUAUUAUUUGUUUUUAGAAUUCUUCUGCAUUUGGUAAUUUUUUUUUUAAAGAAGUCAUGCAUUACUAUGAAAAGUUUGCAGAGGAAGCAUCUUUUGUCCAGUUGAAAUAUCAAGAUACGUUGCAUUAUUUGAACGUGCUCAGAUUUCAUCCUGUUCUUGGUGUCUUGGCAUGGCAUAUUCUGUUACUGUUUAACCAUGCAUAUUACAGUGAUUUGGGCUUUGUUUCUUCCCCUUCCUGUCAGUUUCGCCAAUUCUGCUGUUAGCUGCCUUGAUGUGAUUUCUCAAGGUUACAAAAUGGCUCAGUUCAGACAAAACAUUAGUCAACGCAGUGGGAAAACUCCACUCAAUGAUUGAGUUCCUAGGGGGUGCUCCCCACUCCACAUGUUCUAACUCCACCGUUGCGUGACUGUGGGCUACCGUGGAGCUGAGUAAAAUUCAUCACAACGUUUGCUUGACAGUUCCUCCACCUUCUCUCCUUCCCCGGUCCUCCCGAUGGUAUCCCAUCAGCCAUUGUGGCAAAAAAGCAAUCCCGGCCGCUCUCCUAGAGCGGCAUUCUCUCCUUUUGCCGCUCUUGCCAGGGAACUCUGUAGCCAGUGGGAAAAGUCAACACAAUGCAACAAAAAACUCAAUGGAGCUUUCCACACAACACAGCGGUUGUGCAGGAACUCUCCUCUGCACAGCGUGAAUAUUCUGCGUCGAGGGUUUUUUUUGGAGUUACGUGAAGUUUUCCCACCAGACAACACAUUUCUCAACAGUGGUGCAAAAACUCCACCGUGGAGUUGUAAAACCACCGUUGAGAAACAUCUGAACUGAGCCAAUGUCAUACCUUGAAAAUCAUUUCAGUCAAAAAUAAAACAAGGGCCCUGAAUCACAUGUAGAAAAUAACUUUGUUUGCACCUGUUUCUAAAGGAGUACAAUUUUACUUUUGAGAAAAAUAUACCAAUCCUCAGGAUCACGCUUUCAGGAAAGUUUUAAUAUGUAGUAGUAGGUUUUCCAAAUAAACUGGAGCUGAGAAGUUUGGUGGAAAAGCUGACUUGGGUUUUAAAGCAAGUUCUGGCAUCAUUUACUAGAUGUAUCAGUUUCCUAAAGAUUCUUUAAAAAGAAAAAAAAAGCUGGGUCACUUUAAAGGGGAAUGGAAAAGGAGAGUUUUUAAGUUCGUAUUCAGCAGUAACAAUUGAUGGUCCAAUUCUCUCUGUCUCUCUUAUUUAACAUGAUAAACAGACAAAAAAUGAAAAUAAGGAACAAACACUAUUGUUGCGGAAUGCCAUAAACACUGAGUUGUACAAAUUGUGAUCGAGGAAAUGAAAAAAAAAAGGUUUAUACUUUUUAAAAAAAAUUCAAAUGGAAUAAAUUAUUCAUGAAGCCUUC